AUGUGGCUCGCGAACCGCAUCGGCCGAAGAUGGUCCCUCAUCUUCGCUUCCGUAGUCGUCAUUAUUGGUGUUGCUCUUCAAGCUGGCGCCUCUGGCUAUAUUGAGGCUUUGCUUGUUGCUGGUAUCUCUAUUGGGAUUGCAAGUACUGUGUGCCCACUUUACAUCUCAGAAAACGCCCCAAGGGGCAUUCGUGGUCUGCUCACCGGACUAUAUCAACUCACCCUUGUUUCCGGUCUAACAAUUGCGUUCUGGGUUAACUACGCCUGCGAGCGAAGAUUGACUGGGAAAAAGCAGUUUAUCAUCCCUCUAGCUUUGCAGGCUAUACUAGAAACUAUAUUGUUUGUUGGAAUGUUACUGGCAAAUGAGUCCCCUCGAUAUCUCGCCCAACAGGAUUAUGCUGCUGCCCUGCAGGUCUUGGCCAAACUUCGUGCCUUGCCGGUUACGCACGAGUAUGUUGUGGAGGAGAUGGCCAACACAAAGUUCCAGCUUGAGGAGGAGAGAGAGACUUUCGCGACCUCUUCGCGCUUCUCAAUCCUGAAAGAGGCAUUUUGCACCAGGUCCUAUCGUCGACGGUCUGUUCUGUGUAUUACCUUGAUGAUGUGGAGUAACCUUACAGGUACUAAUGUCAUGACAUACUAUUCGCCAAGUAUCUUCGCAAGCAUUGGCCUGUCAGGGGCGUCCGUCGGGCUGUUUGCAACUGGGAUCUACGGCAUUGUGAAGGUCAUCUGCUGCACUGUGUUUAUCAUCUUCGGAAUUGCCCUGAUUUAUGUUGGCUUCUAUAUUCGAUUUGAUUCUCCCACUGAGGGUCAGUCCCUCACGGCAUCGGCAUACGUUGCACUAGCUGCAAUCUAUAUCUUCGCAGGUGUUUACCAAUGUGGCUGGGGCCCUGUUGUCUGGUCCUAUUGCGCAGAGAUCCCCUCAGCUCGCCUUCGUCCGCUCAACAUGGGCAUGGCAACAGCAUCUCAGUGGUUGUUUAAUCUUGCCGUAGCCAAAGCUACACCAAGCAUGCUAGCAACCCUUGGCUCUAAUGGGUAUGGUACAUUCUUUGUAUAUGGGGGCUUCUGCUUUACCAUGGUUAUCUACAUAUGGUUCUUCGUGCCUGAGACUAAAGGUCUGUCGCUUGAAUGCAUGGAUGAGCUUUUCGAAAUGGACACGGUCCGUGGCAAAUUUAUACCGAGUGGGGUAGUUCAUGCCACCGACAUGGAGUUUAAACGCUUUGACGAUAACGCCAAACGGUCUGUGGACCAUAUUGAGACCGUCGCUCUAUAUCAUUGA